GAGUUGGAUAUGGCGGAGAAGCAAUUUUUGAUGAUUUUAUUAUGCAAACAAGAAAGGAAAGGGAUUUGGUGUUGAUUGUUGAUGAAGCUCAUAUUGAAACGGAUACUAAACUUGCUAACGAGGUCGUCGACCUAUUUGAUCCGCGAAUUAUUAUCAAAAUAACCGCAACUCCUAAAACUUUACCAGAUAUUAGUGAUGUUAGACAAAAAAAGGCUGGAUUUGUGGAAGUUUCAGAAAAAGAUGUAAUAGAAAGCGGAUUAAUCAAAGAAAAAAUUGUUAUUCAGACUAAGGAAGAGAUUGAAAAAUUGUCUGAAAAAAAGCAACUUUCAGAAGAUGAGAUAAUGCUCGAGUUGGCUUAUAAUAAGAGACUAGAACUUAAAAAAAUUUAUGAGAGUUUAGGGCUUGACAUAAACCCAUUGGUUUUAAUUCAACUUCCGAGUGAUUUUAAGGAAAAGGAGGAGAUAGAGACUAAUCGAAAGGAUUUCGUCUUGUCAUAUUUAAAAGCCAAAGGUGUAAAAGAAAAGGAGAUCGCUAUUUGGUUAUCGAAUGAAAAGAAAAAUUUGGACAUGAUUGAAAAAAACAACAAUGAAGUAAAUUUCAUGAUUUUCAAAGUUGCACCGGCAACAGGAUGA